ACUGGUAUUUGGCCUGUCCCGGCUCCCUUCCCUUCCCCCCAUCCUCGUCGUCCCCGCCGUCCACGGCGAUCACCAGGAGACGGUCUGACCGCGCCUCGCUCAAUGGCGCACGCGACGAGCAGGACCAUGACUUCCCCCCGGGACUUCAACGACGAGCACGUUCGCCAUCUGCUCGACCAGCGCUUCAUGCGGUCCGAUCUGCACCGCGACGGCCGCUGGGAUUCCGUCUCCGAGUUCUCAGAUUCCCCAUCAAUCUACAGCCGCGCAGUCUUCUCACCGAACGCGAACGACCAAGGCGUGUCGAGUCCCGCUCUUCAGACUCCCCGCACCCACCGCGAACGCUUCGACGACCCGUCUGCGAGCAUGCUCGACCUCGACGACGACCCCCGCUCUUCCCUCGACUCCUCUGUAACUUAUGACGAUGACGACAAGACCGUAUCCGAGCAUGAUAGCGACGAGCCUAUCCCGCGCAUGAGCUAUCUUGGCCCCAAGAUGCGCAUCCAUACCCGCGCACCAUGGGAAAUGGAGAGUGAGACACUGGAGGAGCAAGAAGAGGAACCGGAGGAGCCGCCUAAUCGCAAGGUGCUCUUUGGCGGGGGACGCCAGGAACAGCGUCGACCGAGUCUUGACUCUGUGCGCUCAGUGGGCAAAGUCAAGAAGUCGUUCGACUCGACCUCGUCUGGUUCGUCCUCGAAUCAGCGAGGCGCACUACACGCCUUGGCUCAAGCUAGCAUGUCCUCGACCUCACUAGUUGCCACGCACAAUACGUCGGGGCCUAGUGGCUUACGGAACAUGUUUGCCAUCUCGCGUACCAAUAGUCCUUCGUCCAUCGACUCUCGCCCGAAUUCUCCUCCUGCGACGCCUGCGCAUCAUCAGGCAGGAAGUUACGAACGCCAUGGUGCACGACCCCAGGCGUCACAGCAACUUCGGCCGGAUACCUUUAUCUCCAAUGACAGCGCCUCUUCGUACGAGUCGUUCUCGGAGGACCAGCACCCGUAUGCGCAUCCAUACGCGCACCCGUCGGUGGUCCCGAAGUACGAGGCGGCUCAGCGACAGCCCUCUCCUCCCCGUGGCGUUCCAACUACUCCAGCAAGCGUGCAGCGCCCUGCAGUCUCUGUGGUCACUGAAACCAAAGUCAUGCCGCCGGAGCGCAGUCGAACACUGACUGCCUCACCAGCAACGCCACGGUCACCCGCUAUUGGACGCGCACGCUCGUCUACCUUUCAGGGCAAGGAAAUAUCCUCGCCUGUUCUUGUAGCCCGCGGCGAAGUACCCCCGCUUCCCAAUCACACCUUCGACACGAAGCUGAUGCCUAUGACUUCGCACCCCUCGACCUCUACUGAGGGUAGCACCUCUGCCUGGCCCGAGCCUACUCCUGCCCCAGCGUUUAGCUUGAUUUCGCUCGAGGAGGCUCAGGCCAAUCAGCGCACUCGAAGCAAUACUGUGCAGAGCUCUGCAGGUGGACCGGCCCUGGAUACCACGUCCUUCCCGCCAGUGCCAUUCCCAGACAGCGACGAUACUCGCUCGCUCAAUGGCGACUUUGCGAACGCUCGUAAUCGGAUGCGUUCAACGAGCGCAGGCGGCCGUGCGCGUCAUGCGCUACACACGAUGGUGGUCGGGACCCCGCCGAGGGCUGAUGGGCGGGAAUUGGACCCGUCAAAUGCCCCGCCGGGAGGCAAGCAGCUGAAGCACAAGAGGAGCGGCUUCAUGCGUAUUUUCAAUGGCGGAAGGGAGAAGGACGAGAAGCCGCCUCCGGUGCCUUCUCUCGCUGAAGGCUACGCGUCCUUCAAUUCCCAGCAGUCGAUGCAGCAACAGCAACAGCCGAAGCCAGCGCAACGGAUUCCGCGAGUGCCUGUGCCGCAGCUGUCGCCGACGCUAUCGAACGAUUCAGCGUCGAGCAAUGCGCCCACGACGCCGAGGCGUGGCUCGACGAAGCGGUCGCCUCCACUUCUGUCGAUCAAUACGCAUCGCUCGCCCUCUGUGCAUGACCAGCCCCGCUUCAUUGCGCCCGCCAUGCGGAACGAGUCGCCGCUUUCAGCACCAGCGCAUGUGAAUGAGUUCCCUUCGCCGCUAAAGCUGCGUCCGGUGUCGACGCUCUUCAGUGCCUUGGGCGACCACAUCAGCCAUGAUGGCGAGGAGCCGGACUCGGGCAGCCUCAGCCCGAAUACGAUUCUCUCGCCCAUCACACCCCUUUCUUGCGGCAAAGACCCUCUACCAUCCGUAGCGGGCGACGACCAGUCGGCGGUCAUCCGGGCUCUGCAGGAGCAGAUCAUCGGCGCGAAGAAGGCGUGGCAGCGGCACGUAUGGGAGCUCGAAGGGCAGGUUCGCGAUCUCAAGGCAGAGGUCGAGGAGCUGCGCGCCGCGGAGGCGGAUGCGCAGUAUUGCGAAGCCUGUGGUCGCGGGAAGCCCAAGGAGGACACCAGCCACGUGAAGACUGGCGUGGUCAACCGCCCUCGGGCCCGCACGGGCAUCGCAGCCUCGCGCUUUGGCAGCCACUCGGAUUAUGAUUGAGGUGUUGCUUCAUACUCCAAUCUCACUUCACCCGCCCCACGGACUCGGACUCGGACUACUCGCCAUCACAACCCACUCUCCUUCUCCAUCUCUCUCGCUCUCUCUUUCCCAUCUCACCAGCAACCUGCACGGAUGUACACUAGCUCUGUCCAAAUCGUUACC